AUGUCCUCCCCACCCCCCUACACUCCCUCAAACCCCCUAAAACGCACCAUGACCUCCCUCUCCACCCCCUCCGCCACAACCCCCACAAACACAUCCUUCCACAAACGCCCACGCAUGCACCCGCUCCGCCAAACCUCCUUCCCAACGACCAUCGACGACCCGCGCGCAGCACCCUUCAGCGCCGCAGCCAGUGACGCCGGCUCCGUGACGGGCAGUUUCACGGGGAGUCUCGAUGGGGCCUUUUCAGGCGUGGGUGGAGCGCAGGUGCCGAAGGGUGGGAAGAAGAGGGGGAGGAAGAGUAAGGCUGAGAAGGAGAGGGAGCGGGAACGCGAGCGGGAGGAGGGAAUUGGGAGGGUCGGAGAGGGGAGGGGGAGUGUUGACGUUGAUGGUGGAUCAGUGAAAGGGGGGGGAGGGAACACUGGGGGAGGAGGCGGUGGUGGUGGGAAUACGGGAGGGAAUGAGGAUGCGGAAGAGGAUGAGGAUUUUGAUGAUGAAGGGGAGUUGUUGGGACGGGAGGAGGGGGCGACGGAUAUUGAGGCUGAAAAGAAGAAUCUUGCUCUACUGGUCGACGCAUUUAACCCCCAGCAAUCAGAGCGAUACGAUUUGUUCAAACGAGCGAAGUUGAGGAAGGAAACUCUACGGAGAAUCGUCAACCAUGCGCUUUCGCAGUCUGUGCCAGCGAGUGUGGUUACGACUAUUAACGGAUUUACAAAGGUGUAUGCGGGAGAAAUCAUCGAAAAGGCACGGACGGUACAAGCGCAAUGGGCGGAUGCACACGAUCAAUCUGCGCGUGCUGAGUUCGAGGAGCAGCAGAAACUAGCAAGCUCGACUACGACUGAAAGCGACGCCGCGAUCAAACAAGAACCAGGGACGCAGCCUCAAUCCCAACGCGUGUUCGCUCCACCUCCGAAUCCGCAUCGCGGACAGUUGCUCCCGGCGCAUCUGAGAGAAGCAUUACGUCGGUAUAAGCGCGACGGCGAAGGCGGUGGUGUUGGUUUUUCGGGAUUGAGUAUGGGGAACCUCGGCGUGAGAGGGUCGGUUACUUGGAAUGCCGGAGGUGUUGGUGGACGGAGGAUAUUCAGAUGA